AAAUGCGUGUUCUCUUGCAUCUUUUUAACGUUAUAGUUUGUCUUGUUUGUUGUGCUAGUGUCAAUGGCCUUCUAGGCUAUGAAAAAGAACUAUCCGAUGUAAUACUUACAACCGCUUUAGGUAAGAUUCGCGGUACCUAUCUAACAUCUCAGUCUGGAAAGAAUUUUUACGCCUUUCGUGGAAUUCGUUAUGCGAAACCACCUUUGGGUCCGUUACGUUUUAAGGCAACCGUACCUAUUGAACAAUGGAAUGGAAUUUUCGACGCUACUCUGGAUGGUCCAAUGUGUCCACAACCGGCAUUGAACAGUUCCGAUGUCUCUGAAGAUUGCCUCCGAAUGAAUAUCUAUACGAAAGAACUACCAUCAGAAACGAAUUUAAAUGUCAAACGUCCGGUUGUGGUAUUUAUACAUCCCGGUGGGCUGUAUUCUCUCUCGGGACAGAGUCGAAAUUUUGCGGGCCCCCAAUAUUUUAUGGAUAGAAAUAUUGUUUUGGUGACAUUCAACUAUAGACUAGGCUCGUUGGGCUUUCUAAGUACCGGCACCAAAGAUGCUCCUGGCAAUGCUGGUUUCAAAGAUCAGGUUUUGCUAUUGCGAUGGAUCAAAAUUCACAUAUCACGCUUUGGGGGUGAUCCCGGUUCGGUGACGUUGUUGGGUUAUGGAGCUGGAGCUACAAGUGCUACUCUUCAUUUGGUGUCACCAAUGUCGAAGAAUUUAUUCCACAAGGCCAUUGUGAUGAGUGGAUCUUCUACAGCUCAGUGGAAAAUUCCAGAAAAUCAGUUGCCGCUUGCUCAACGACAGGCUCGGCUGCUCUUGUGCCCUGAUAACAAGAUCGAAACAAUGAUUGAAUGUUUGAGACAGAAACAUUAUUUGGAGCUUGCCAACUCACAAGGCAACAUGUUUGAAUUCGGAAGAGGGAACCCUGUUUUACUAUGGAAACCGGUAAUUGAACCCAAAUUAGGACAAGAUCGAUUUCUCAUAGAGGAUCCAGUUAAGUCAUACCAAGAUGGAAAAUUUAUGAAAGUUCCCAUAAUCACUGGAAUCACCAAAGAUGAAUUUGUAGGACCGGCUCUAAAUAUUUUGGAAAAUGAGGAACUUCGCAAUGCUUUUGAUGAAAAUUUUGAAAAGGUCGCGCCAGUUUGUUUUCUUUAUAGCAACAAUUUGGCGAGAUCGAAGAAUAUAAGCGAAGAACUGAGAAAAUACUACCUUGGAUCUGGAUCACUUCAUCCGAAUAGGUCUUUGGAGGGUUUGGCUAAUCUUUUCGCAGAUGCUUUAACAGGCUUUGGAGUUCAUAGAUUUGUUCGUUUAGCAGCUCGACACACGAAGGUCUAUUACUAUUUAUUUUCUUACCAAGGUCAAGCAAGUCAUCUUUAUUAUCCUGAAGAUAAGCCUUAUGGAGUUGUACAUCACGAUGAUCUUCUUUAUUUAUUUGUGGAACCAUCGGUUUCUCGAAUGUUUGCCGAUGAUGAUGAAGAAUACAAAAUUAUAGAAACCUUAACAAGAAUGUGGACUGCUUUUGCAUACAAAGGGGAUCCCAACAAAUCGAAUGACGAAUACCUGCGCAAUGUUCGGUGGCGUCCAUUUAGCUUCAAAAAAGAAAAUUAUCUAGAAAUUGGAGACGAACUCAUUAUGAAGGAAGGUGGUUUAAAUUUGGAACGUUAUGAGGUGUGGAAAAAGCUUUUUCCUUUGCAUUGGAUUCGGCGACAUAGUAAAAAUGACGGCAACAGCUUUGACUAUCCUGAGGAGAAGGAAGAUGGAACAAGUUGAAUAAUAUAUAAAAGAAAGCAUAUUAUAAAGAAAACAAAGAAUUCAAUUUUUGAACCAUCAAUAAAAAAAUAAAGGUGGCGCAACAGUCCAUGAAGAAAAAGGGCCUAGUGACUUACAAUUCUCAACCAUUCCUGUGUGCGUGUAACAUUGUCAGAGAUGGAUAUUUUUUUGAACCAUAAUAAAUUAUAAAAAGUGAAGGCUCGAUCAAAAACAACAUUUUAUUCGUCAAAUUUUUACUAAGUUCUAUGUCCAUAUCGUGUAUUGUUCAAGCAAAUCAGAAUCCUGUUCAUAAUUGAAUAAAACAACUGACAUUU